AACAUUCACGAAUUUGAAAAACAAGGAAGCAGGAAUUCGAGGGUCAUCCGGAGGUUAUAGAUAAAACUGGUUCAUACUGAUAGCACUAUCUAAUUUCUAAAACGUGUGCUAUAAAAUCUGAAUCACACGGCAGUCUGAAUCAGUUGGUUCUCUCACUUGUCACCCUAAACAUCUUCGACACUUGCUCGAUCCCCGGCUGGGGCUAAGACACCGCGCGCAUACAACUGUCACUCGUUUCCACCGUUAUCGCUUUCUCCAGGCAAGGUCCACCAGGCGAGAUCACCACCUUAAUCCUCGUGCUCGUUGUUCCGCUUGGUAUCCGCGAAAAGUAUCCGACGGCCGUUCGGGCCGCGGAAAAAUUCCGCGUCGCGGCGUGCGGCUCGGCUCUUAUUCGCAACCCUCCUCGAGCCCUGCGCGAGUCGUCGAGGGCGUGACCGCGCGAACGACUGGGGCGCGACCAUUGGCAAGGUCGUGACCAGGGCGGACGUACGUCAAAGCGGAGCCGACACCGCGUCCGGAUUGGCACUACGAUAUAGGCGGAGCCGUGGACGGCCGUGCGGCCAAUAGCGCGGCGCGACGAGCGGAAACCUCGUGAUUUUUUGAAAGAGACCCGAACGGCGCAGCCGUCCUCGGGCAUCGCCGAGUACUCCGGGCCGCGCGCGAUGCCGAGCUCCCAGUGUGUUUUUACUCGGGGUUGAGUAAACUCCGGCCUGUUGUGUAUCAUAAUACCGCGGCGUGCACACGCGGGUACUAACGGGGUUAGCGUGCGUCUCGCGUUAGCGGCACCGAGUCGCGCCGAUCAACUGAAUGCAUCUUCGCCUCUCCUACCUUCGUCGCGGCACCCGACCCGACCCGUCCGUCUUUCGUGUGUCUGGGAAGAUUCCCGGGAUACACGGUCAACAAAAUAGCACUGUGGAGCAGCAGGCGCGCGGGGCGCGCCGCGGAUUCCGUGGGCGACGCGCUGUUUUUCGGGGUAUCAGCUGAGCGUCAUUGCACGUAGGAUAUUUAUCGAUCUGUCUCGAACAAUAUCCUUGGAUCGCGGUAAUGCAGUGACAAGUAAGUGCGCGUGCUCAAAGUGCCCUGAGUGACGGAUAUGUGCGUGAAUCUUUUCGCUCGCGAAUGUAAUAUCCGAUUGUUAAGAAGGAAGAUACUGGUUAAAGGUAGAGGACAAGCUACAGUUGAAAAUAUAUAAAAAUUAAUUCUAUCGGUGAAUAAUAGUUUACUAUUGUAAAGGAAAACAAUUUCAAACAAGAGGAAACAAUACAUGACAAAAUAAAAUAAAAAUCUACAUAAACAAAGAAGUCAUCUCUCGAUUAAAGAAAAUAAACAAUUUUUAAUACAAGCAUCAUUCCUUAAGAUAAACAAACAAAUUCACCGAUGAAGAAGUGAUCAUAACCAUCCUAAUCGGAAGCAUCCUUCCACGAUCACUCAAAAAACAUGUGUAUCGUAUAAUUAUCUCUCUGCAGAAGCAAAGAAAAAUAGCGAGGACAUAUCAUCCAUUGAAAAGAAGACAGCUUCUCUUGCUCCAGUCAGAAAAAAAGUUUUUUUUUUCGUUUUAAUCCGUCUUUCACGAUUGUUAAAGACAGAAGAUGCAUACGCUCUUUGGCGAACAGAAUGCAUACUAUCGACAUGCGACGGCGGUGCCAGUGGGCAUGGGCACCCCGUCGUAUCCGGGGGUGGGCGCCACUCCGGGUUACUAUGAACAAUAUCGUUACGGUGGCUACGCGACGGCCGCCGGGUACCCGGUGUCGGGUAUCGGCCAGCAGCACAUCCAUCACGCUGGCAAGGACAUGGUGAAGCCCCCGUACUCGUACAUCGCGCUGAUCGCCAUGGCCAUUCAGAACGCGCCCGACAAGAAGAUCACGCUGAAUGGCAUCUACCAGUUUAUCAUGGAACGAUUCCCGUACUAUCGCGAGAACAAGCAGGGCUGGCAGAACUCCAUUCGGCACAAUCUCAGCCUGAACGAGUGCUUCAUCAAGGUGCCGCGCGACGAUAAGAAACCGGGUAAGGGUAGCUACUGGUCCCUCGAUCCCGACAGCUACAACAUGUUCGACAACGGCUCUUACUUGAGACGCCGUAGACGCUUCAAGAAGAAGGACGCGCUUAAGGAGAAAGAGGAGGCGCUCAAGCGGCAGGGUCUAGUGCCGGAGAAACGGGUACAGGAGGAUGCCAAGUCCGGCGGCAGCCAGAUCGCGUUGCCGCCGCCGGAUACGCCAGCGAAGAAGCUCAGCGCUCUGGAGAGCAACACCACCGGCUUAUGCAAGCCUAAGCGGGAACCGGUGAAUGAUCACAACGCCGGCAAUCAUUGUAUGGCGGCGGUCCAGGCGAGCAAAUACGGCUUGCACAGCCCGAUACAGGAUACCAAGACGACGACGGCCGUUGCGGCGCCCGGGCAGAGCGUCAUCCAGACAGCCUUAAGUCACCAGGUGCACCAGGCGCAUCAGGUACACCAGGAGUCGAUUCAGGACGUGUCCAUGGCCGGCUUGGAUCCGACCAGCUUCAGCGUGGACGCGCUGAUGACCACGCGGGAGAACAGCGGCGGCCUGAUGGCGCGGGAUAAUCAGCAUCACUCGCACCAUCCGCACGGUCUCCAGCAUCCUCACUCCAUCAUGAGCAGCAGGGAGUCCAUGGGUAGCGGCAGCAGAGACCUGUCAUCCGCGUGCACCACCACGACCACCACGACCGCCGCGGUAGCAGCGAUGAUGGCCACCACGGGCUACGGACACACCAGCACGGUUUCUCGGGGCAACGCCUCGCCACCCGGGACGAUGUACACGCCGUAUUGCGCGCCGGCGGCCGCCGGAUACGCCAUCAUGGACCACGCCGAGUACAACUCGAGGAACCACGCGACCAACGCCGUAGGACACUCGCAGUGGUAUCAGGACGCCGCGAGCCCCGACGCAGCGAUUUAUCAGGACACCCAGUCCCCGAGCUGUCAGCUUUACAGAUCCAGCCCACCGACACCGCUUUCGACGGGUGCGGCGCCGUCUCCUCCGCUGUACCACAGAUAUUAUCAAGACUGUAACGCUGUUAACACCAGCGGCAAUCUGCCGAUAACGUUACAUAAGUACUGAGAAUAUCGAAAUUCAAGGUCCCAUCAACGGGACCUUGAAGAACACCAUGGCGAUCAUUACGAUCCGGGCUUGGUUUACGUGAAACAAGAAUGGAUUCCCUCGACGGACGAACUCGCCAAGGAGUGGAACUAGAAAAUGUCUCGGAGAGGAAUCCGGUAAAGAAAAAAAAAUGACGUAACUCUAGUUUCCUGCCCGUAUCGAAUCGUAUCUUCUUAUCGCAAAAAAUCGUUGUCGGUAAUAUGUAGGUAAUUAGUUAAUACGACGAUUAGCGUAAUGAAUCGUGAAUAUCGUUGAGGAUAGUUAUGUGAUAGUCAGCGAGUUAAUAGCGAAUUCGUUUGGAUGCACUAGUGCAUAUUGGUGCAUAUUUUAAGGACUGCAUAUAAAUUUACAAC